AUGCUUUCGCUCAGACAAUUGAAGCUCUCGAGUGGUAGAAGGCUUUUUAGCGGCUCAAGCCGCGCUCUACGCGCUUCCGCUCCUCACGAGGACGUUAACGGUUCACAUUCGACGCCAUUUGGCGGAAAAUACCAGGUGGUAGACCACGAGUACGACUGUGUGGUUGUCGGUGCUGGUGGUGCCGGUUUGAGAGCCGCUUUCGGGCUUGCAGAAGCCGGUUACAAGACUGCAUGUAUCUCUAAACUUUUCCCCACCAGAUCGCACACUGUGGCCGCUCAAGGUGGUAUCAACGCCGCGCUUGGAAACAUGCACAAGGAUGAUUGGAAAUGGCACAUGUACGACACCGUUAAAGGUUCCGAUUGGCUCGGAGAUCAGGACUCGAUCCACUACAUGACUCGUGAAGCCUCCGACUCCAUUAUCGAGCUUGAGCACUUUGGUGUGCCAUUCUCCAGAACAGAGGAAGGUCGUAUUUAUCAGCGUGCCUUCGGUGGUCAAACCAAAGAACACGGUAAAGGUGGCCAAGCCUACAGAACCUGCGCUGUUGCCGACAGAACGGGCCACGCUUUGUUGCACACUUUGUAUGGUCAAGCUUUAAGGCACAACACACAUUUCUUCAUCGAGUACUUCGCUAUGGACUUGUUGGUUCACAAUGGUGAAGUCGUCGGUGUUAUCGCUUACAACCAAGAAGACGGUACCAUUCAUAGAUUUAGAGCUCAUAAGACCGUCAUUGCCACGGGUGGAUACGGUCGCGCUUACUUCUCUUGUACCUCGGCUCACACCUGUACCGGUGACGGUAAUGCCAUGGUUUCCAGGGCUGGUUUCCCAUUGCAAGAUUUAGAAUUCGUGCAAUUCCAUCCAUCUGGUAUCUACGGAUCCGGUUGUUUGAUCACCGAAGGUGCUCGUGGUGAAGGUGGGUUCCUUGUGAACUCCGAAGGUGAAAGAUUUAUGGAGCGUUACGCUCCAACCGCCAAAGAUUUAGCCUGUAGAGACGUUGUUUCGCGUGCCAUCACCAUGGAGAUCCGUGAAGGUAGAGGUGUUGGUCCUGAAAAGGACCACAUGUUCUUGCAAUUGAAGCACUUGCCUCCAAGUGUCUUGAAGGAAAGAUUGCCAGGUAUCUCUGAGACAGCUGCUAUUUUUGCUGGUGUCGAUGUCACUAAAGAACCAAUUCCAAUUUUGCCAACAGUUCACUACAACAUGGGUGGUAUUCCAACCAAGUGGACUGGUGAAGCUUUGACUGUUGACGAGGAAGGUAACGACAAGCUCAUUCCUGGUCUUAUGGCCUGCGGUGAAGCAGCUUGCGUUUCCGUUCACGGUGCCAACAGACUUGGUGCCAACUCUUUGCUGGAUUUGGUUGUCUUCGGUCGUGCCGUGGCCCAUUCCGUUGCCGACUCUCUACAACCAGGUUUACCUCACAAGCCACUACCUGCUGACUUGGGUAAGGAUUCCAUUGCCAAUUUGGACAAGAUCAGGAACGCUUCCGGCUCUAAGCCAACUUCUGAAAUUAGACUUGCAAUGCAAAAGGCUAUGCAAAAUGAUGUUUCUGUUUUCAGAACUCAGGAAUCAUUGGAUGAAGGUGUUAGAAACGUCACUGCUGUCGAUAAGAGCUUCAACGAUGUUGGUACUACUGACAGAUCCAUGAUCUGGAACUCUGACAUGGUUGAAACCUUGGAAUUGCAAAACUUGUUGACGAACGCGGUUCAAACUGCCGUUUCUGCUGCUAACAGAAAAGAAUCUCGUGGUGCUCAUGCUAGAGAAGACUACCCAGAUAGAGAUGAUGAAAAGUGGAUGAAGCAUACUCUAUCGUGGCAAAAGGAACCACACGGAAAAAUCGAACUAAACUACAGAAAUGUCAUCAACACUACGUUGGAUGAAAACGAGUGUCCAGCGGUUCCUCCAACUGUGAGAGCCUACUAA